GCACAUUUUUCUGAAUUGACUACAUAAGAACGCGCACUCAAAGAUUCUAGAUUUUGAAAAACACUAUUUUCGAUCAUUACAAUCUCAAGCGAAACACAAUUACUGGUUUUCAAUUCAUUAUGAACGCAAACAGAGUCUGUGCUUCUUGUUGUGAAGUCGUUUAUCCUCUGGAAGUAAUAAGGUGUUUUGAUCAGAUAUGGCAUAGAAGGUGUUUUCGUUGUCAACACUGUGGAAUGGCCUUGAGCAUAUGUAAUUAUCAUGGGUAUGACAAGAAGCCAUAUUGUGCAGCACAUAAUCCAAAGCCAACUUCAUUUACAUUCAUUACGGAUACACCAGAACUAGUGAGAGUAACGAAUAAUACAAGAAUGUUUAGUAGUAUUAGAUACAGUGCAGAUGCUCAACGUAUUAGAGGCAAAAUUACAUCAUUUCCAGAUGACUUAUGGACUCAGCAUACAUUGAGGCUAUCGAAACAAUACAGUGAGGCGAAUGGUGUUCGUUCAGGACGAAGUUCUGGAUUUGAUGAACGUUAUUCACCACAAUCAUAUAGACGUAGUGCUCCAUACUAUAAUAGUUAUACACCACCACCUACUCGAUUUGGAUUAAAUAAUCAAUGCACUUCACCGCAUACUUUUUCAACUUCAUCAGGUCUAAAUUCUAGAUCAUUAUCACAUAGUAACGGAUGUCAUCUGAAAAUCGAUUCAAUCAAUCAUCAUCAUCAUUAUGAUCAAGGGCAUACACCACCACCAAAUCAUAAUGGACUUAGUCGAUCUGGUUCUUGUCAUUCAAUUAUUAUUACUCCUACAGGUUUUCCACCUGGAAGUAACAAUAACAUUGCUAGUGGUAAUGUCGGUUCUACAGAAACUGUGAAUGUACCAAGAGGUUCAACGGUUAAUCUAAACUUCCAUGGUCAUACACAUCAUAAUACUGGAUUUGGUGGGACUUUCGUUGCUCAAUACAGUUAUGAAGCAAAAGAAGACGAUGAAGUAACUUUCAAACCUGGUGAUAUCAUAGUGAAUGGUGAACCUAUCACUGAAGGUUGGAUGUAUGGUACUGUUCAACGAACUGGAAAAUUUGGAAUGCUUCCAUCGAAUUAUGUUAGACCAUAUCGUCAACCAUGA